AAAGGGAUUUGGAGGAUUCAUACAGUGGUGAACGAUGAAUUGCUUUUUAUGCUUCAAGCCUGAGAAGAAGAUGGCAUUGAGGAGGAUGGAGUGGGCGGGCCCGGUUGCAAAUACAGCCACCUCAAUGGGAUCCGGAGCACCCCUCCAGGAAUCUGAAUCGAAAGAGCAAUCAUCUGAAUUAAGAGCAAACGGUGAACCUGCCGAAAGUUCUUCCACGGCCAAAGCUGCAAAAGCAUUCACGUUCCGUGAGCUAGCAACAGCCACCAAGAACUUCCGCUUUGACUGCCUUAUUGGAGAAGGGGGCUUUGGCAAGGUCUACAAGGGCCAGCUUGAAAAUGGCCAGGUUGUAGCUGUCAAGCAACUAGACCUGAAUGGAUUUCAAGGCAACAGAGAGUUCCUAGUUGAAGUCUUGAUGCUUAGCCUCUUGCACCAUCCGAACCUCGUCAGCUUGGUAGGCUAUUGCGCAGACGGAGAACAAAGGCUACUGGUGUACGAGUACAUGCCCCUUGGUUCGCUUGCAGACCACCUGCUGGAUCUCACUUCUGACCAAAUACCACUGAGCUGGCAUAAAAGGAUGAAGAUUGCUCACGGAACCGCCAAGGGGCUCGAAUACCUCCAUGAGAAGGCGAACCCGCCGGUCAUCUAUCGUGAUCUCAAGUCCCCCAACAUCCUUCUUGAUGAAGAAUACAACCCUAAACUCUCAGACUUUGGGCUCGCAAAGCUCGGCCCUGUUGGGGAAAAGACACACAUCUCAACUCGGGUGAUGGGCACAUAUGGGUACUGCGCUCCAGAAUACAUAAAAACAGGCCAGCUAACUAUCAAGACUGAUGUUUACAGUUUUGGGGUUUUCCUACUUGAGUUGAUCACGGGAAAAAGAGCUGUCGAUUCCGCUAGACCAGGACGUGAUCAAAUCUUGAUUAACUGGGCAAAACCCAUGAUCAGGGAUAGGAGGAGGUACCAUGAGCUAGUAGACCCUCUUCUUAGAGGUGAAUACGCAGAAAGAGAUUUGAGCCAGGCGGUGGGUGUGGCAGCAAUGUGCCUAGAGGAGGAAGACUCUGUUCGGCCAUACAUGAGUGACGCUGUUGUCGCACUGGGGUUCCUAGCAGAAGCGCCUUCUGGCUGUGAAGAGACGACUAGUACUGUACCCCAAAACAAACUGGUUGAAGAUCACUCAUUAACUGAUAGCAUUAAGCCAGAUGAGAGCACAUUUGAUCGUCAACGAGCUGUUGCUGAAGCCAUCGAGUGGGGCGCCAUGAGGCACAAACAGAAAGCUCAAAUUCAAGGGAAGACAACUCAAUCUCAAUGCAUUACAGAUCCUACUGAACCCGAGAGGAUGUAAAAAGCCAGAACAUUACCCAUGUGCUAAGUUUUUUAGGUUCCCCUAACUUGUAGCUUUCCAGAUUUGUGCCACCUUAGGGCUGAAUUGUCGUCAUAUAGGAA